UCCUAAACAAGGAAAUGGUGGGGGAAUAAAACGACCAAGAUUAUUUAAUUAAUGCAUGUAAUAAUUAAUAUUUUAUUUUAUAGUAAAUUAAGACAUAUUUAUGGGUUAAAAUGGAUUACGACUUCAAAACAAAGCUUGCGGCCGAAAGGGAGAGAGUAGAAGAUCUGUUCGAAUAUGAAGGUUGCAAAGUGGGUCGAGGCACCUACGGGCACGUUUAUAAAGCUAAGCGCAAAGACGGGAACGAUGAGAAGGAGUACGCACUGAAACAAAUUGAAGGCACUGGAAUAUCAAUGUCUGCGUGCAGAGAAAUUGCUUUGCUACGAGAGUUGAAACACCCCAACGUGAUCGCCCUGCAGAAAGUGUUCCUGUCCCACAGCGACAGAAAGGUGUGGCUCCUAUUUGACUAUGCCGAACAUGACCUCUGGCACAUCAUCAAGUUCCACCGGGCUUCCAAGGCCAACAAGAAACCCAUGCAACUUCCACGUGGGACAGUCAAAUCACUCCUGUAUCAGAUUCUUGAUGGGAUUCAUUACCUUCAUUCCAACUGGGUGCUGCACAGAGAUCUGAAACCAGCCAACAUUCUGGUGAUGGGAGAGGGACCGGAACGAGGAAGAGUGAAAAUCGCUGACAUGGGUUUUGCAAGGCUCUUCAAUUCUCCUCUGAAACCGCUAGCUGACCUUGACCCGGUGGUGGUGACCUUCUGGUACCGGGCGCCUGAGCUGUUGCUAGGAGCCCGCCACUACACCAAAGCUAUCGAUAUCUGGGCAAUCGGCUGCAUUUUUGCUGAGCUCUUGACGUCGGAGCCAAUCUUUCACUGUCGCCAGGAAGACAUCAAGACCAGUAAUCCUUUCCACCACGAUCAGCUGGACAGGAUAUUCAGUGUCAUGGGCUUCCCUGCAGAUAAAGAUUGGGAAGACAUCCGGAAGAUGCCGGAGUAUCCUACACUUCAGAAAGACUUCAGAAGAACAACGUAUGCAAAUAGCAGCCUAAUCAAAUACAUGGAAAAGCAUAAAGUUAAACCCGACAGCAAAGUUUUCUUGUUGCUCCAAAAACUACUCACUAUGGACCCUACCAAAAGGAUCACUUCUGAACAGGCACUGCAGGACGCCUACUUCUUAGAGGACCCCUUACCAACCUCUGAUGUGUUUGCUGGGUGUCAGAUACCCUACCCAAAACGAGAGUUUCUGAACGAAGACGAGCCAGAAGAAAAAACCGAGAAGACGCAGCAGCAUCAGACCCAGACCCAGCAGCAGGCCACGGCCCAGCAGGCCCCCUCACAGCAGAACUCGGCCCAGACCAAUGGCACCUCAGGGGGCACAGGGGCCAACCCCGGCGGGGGUCUUCAACACAACCAGGACCAGGGGCCCCCGAACAAGAAACCUCGCAUCGGGCCCUCGGGAGCCUCCUCAGGCACAGGUGUCCUGCAGUCAGAGUACCAGCACUCCAGCUCCCGCCUUGGUUACCAAAGCAACGUCCAAGGUUCCGCCCAGUCCCAGAGCACCAUGGGAUACUCGUCGUCCUCCCAGCAGAGUUCCCAGUACUCCCACCAGUCCCACCAGUCCCAUCGCUACUGAGCUCUCCUAGCAGCAGAGGAGCUCCACGUCUCCGUCAUCAAGGAACCAACCCACCACCUCCAGCACAACUCCACCACCCCCACAAGGCAACUGCCUCUGCUCCACCACCUCCACGAGGCUCCAGCCUCUGCUCCACCACCUCCACGAGGCUGCAGCCUCUGCUCCACCACCUCCACGAGGCUCCAGCCUCUGCUCCAGCACCUCCACGAGGCUCCAGCCUCUGCUCCAGCCUCUGCUCCACCACCUCCACGAGGCUCCAGCCUCUGCUCCAGCCUCUGCUCCACCACCUCCACGAGGCUGCAGCCUCUGCUCCACCACCUCCACGAGGCUG